AUGAUCCUUGGUACCUGGGUACGAUCCAAGGAUCGCCUCAAGGAAGCAGACAGCUUACCGGGCCUUCGCGUUGGAAAUGACAGCCGUGAUGUUUUUGGAGCUUUUGUCACUAGAAGUGAGUUUGCUCAGUGCCGUGUUGUGCAGUUCAAAGGUCGUUUUGGGGCCGUUGACCUCGGCUCGCUGUUUGGACAGGCAGACUGUUUGUCGGUUCGUUGGGACGAGGAGACACACGAAGGAGCAGAGACACAAUCGCUCGCCAUGACGACAACUGAAUACCACGACAUUGAAGAUGACAGCAGCUCCUUUUCGAACAAAGAGCCUGCAUCUGUCUCUCUCUCAGCUGUCUCCAGGUUCAGACGCUGGUUGAUUCCUGCUCUGACAGCUACAUUCAUCCUGGUUCUGAUCAUAGCACUGGGAGCUAGCUACACUAAGACCUCUAACCGACUCUGGUCUCUGGAGAGAAGUUUUUCCAACCUGACUGGAUCUCUGGGUGCCGCCCAGCAGCUCACCAAAGACGCAGCCAAAGACGUUCACCGCCUCAAGUUCUCUGUGGAGAGCAACAAGGAACAGCUGAGCUCAGUGGCCGAGGCGUUGAAGCAGCUGGCAGUCGUCGACUCUCUCAGCCGGACGGUCGCUUCACUCAAAUGUUCCCUCGAAUGGAUCACCAGAAACAGCACAGUAGUGGAGGGCUGUUGUCCUCUGGACUGGGAGAGUUUUGGGUCCAGCUGUUACCUGUUCAGCAGGAGGUCUUCAUCGUGGCAUGAGGCCAGAGGUGGUGUGACCUUUGAAGCCCACCUGGUCAUACCCCUCACCGACGAGGACUGGGACUUUGUGGUUCAUCGUGCUGCCGGCACCAUCUACUGGGUGGGUCUGACUGAUGAGAAAGGAGAGUGGGAGUGGGUCAACCACACGCCCUACGUCAUGAACAGGAGGCGAUGGAUGCCCGGUCAGCCCGACGGCUGGAUCAAUCCCGAUCUCGGCCCCGAAGACGAGGACUGCGCUCACAUUUACCACAACGGACGGCUCAACGACGCGCACUGCUCCGUCGCCACGGCUACAUCUGCCAGAAACACGGCCAGCGCAGCUGAGCAGCCUCCACUGGGGGGUCCUUCCCCCGGGACUACAACAGCUGUAGGUCAAAAUGUGACAAAGUUCCAAUGUUUUGGUCGUCUUCUUCCACACUUUUUUUUAUAA